AUGACGGAGGUGCUCGGAAAGGGAAACCCCCAUAUAUUUGUUCAACCACACGAUGAACCGGACGCAUUUUCGUUUCCGUCGCGCAGCAACAGAGGCAGUUCAGGGAUUCCAUCAGGCGCAAGUGCAGCCCAUUCAGAAGAGGAUACAGUAUUCAACAGCAGGUCUGAGGGGUGUGGCGACGUAGUCCAACCGUACGCCAUCGAAGAGCCAGAAGAUGAUCCGAUGGAGACCGCGGGGAAAUCGGCAGGCAAGCCGGUGAUACACCUAUAUCUGGGAAAUAGUUCGGACAUAUGGCAAGGAGAACUGGUGGAUUCAAUGGAGGGCCUCUAUUGCGACCCGGACUGUGCCAAUCACCAGUCGACCAUCAACCACAAAAGAGGCAAGAAAAGAAGGCCAUCAGCGACGGCGGCAGGGUCAUUCCGACUGUUUAGACAGUUGUCAUCUGGCACGACGCCCGAUAAUCAAUACGACUGGUCUAUCGAUGCCACCAAAAGGAGACGCAGGAAAGGCAGAUGCGCAAGGGAGCAAUUUACGGCGUUCCCAGGAACGUUCUGGCAACACGAAGCCAAUGAGACUGAAUCGUCCGAUAGCUUCAUUUCAAGAACGUCCACCCGUCAAGCUGCUCAAAAGGCGAAGGAAGCCAUUGCGGCCGCUCCCGACGUCAAGAGCCGGGGUGCUGCUGGCACGAAGCGCAAGGAAAGCACCGACAAAGGCCCUGCGCCGAAAAGAGGCAAGAAGACGGAAGACAAGGUGACGCCGAAGACUCAACCGCCGGCGACAGACGAACAGAAGGCCACAGAUGAAGGGGCGGAAGUGCCGGAGAAGAAUGACGUAAAGUCUCCAGAAGAACCCAAGAAGUCAGUCGAGGAGGAGCCCGAUAGGAAGACUGAGGAAAAACCUGCGGGAAAGCCGGAUGAGAAAUCCGAGCAGAAGGACGAAGAACAGAGCGGAGAAAAGCCGGACGAGACGGAGAAGCUAGAGGAGAAAUCUCAGCAGAGUGAAGUGAAGAACGAAGAAAAGCCGGAGAAGACAGAGGAAAUGCCAGAUAAGAAGCCAGAGGAGAAGCCAGAGGAGAACGCCGCUCCUGCUCCUACUGACGGAACCAAAGCUGGCGUGAAGACAUCCCAAGAGCGGGAAGAAAAGGUUGCAUCUAACGUGCUUGAAAAGGGAAUUAUAUACUUUUUUUACCGACCGCGAGUCAAUGUUUCAGACCCUCAUAGUAUUAACGAUGUUGCCCGGAGCUUUCUGGUACUGCGACCAAUGCCCAUUGGUGCCACACUGGAUCAACAACAGGGGUCCGUGGAGCCUGGAGCGAAGUGCCGGCUGAUGAUGCUGCCUAAGAAGAAGUUCCCGACCUCCGGUAAAGAGCGGGACAUGGGGUUCGUCGAGAAGACCGGCCAGUCCAUGAAAUCGCUGCAAGAAAACUUCAUUGCUGGUAAUACGUACGAAACGUCAACCCGCGGCGAGCAAAGCGUUCCCGAAGCCAGACCGUAUGCAGAGGGCGUCUACGCGAUCACAUCUACCAAAGGGUCAUCCCACUUGGCCUACGUCUUGACUAUUCCGGAAACGAUCGGAUCGAUCCAGGAAGACUUCGGUCUGCACUCUCGUGGCAGCUGGGUCAUUCAGUUGAAGAAUCCCAAACACCCUGGCCCGUCAUAUGCCCAUAUCAACAAGGAACCAGAGUAUCCUGAAAGUGUGCGUGAGAAGUUCGGUGAUUAUCGUUGGGUUCCAGUUCAGCCCGAAUUCAUCGAUUAUCCCAAUGCACAGUUCCUGAUGAUCGGAGCGGCCACCGACGACCUGGGCAAGGCCGCGACGGCAGAAGAUGGCGACAAGCAGGCCAACGAAGAGCAGCCCGACGAUGAACUGGAGAAGCUGGAGCAAAAAAAUGAGGAGCGGAUCGAAGGACUGCGAGGCAACGAUACGAUUUAUGAGGAUCUGGGAUUGGAUGCGAAGAAGUAUCCAAAAGUGCCGACGACCUGGAACAGCAAGUGAAGGGUUGAGUGUUGACAAGAUCAAAAAUGUAUGAUAUGAUAGAAUCAAAAAUAUUGUAGCCAG